AACCAAAUUACGAAGCAAGAAUAUUAGCAGCAUUAAAAGACAAAACCGAAAAAUUAACUUUCAUAAUAGUUAAUGGUGAAAACAUCCAGGGAAGCGAAGAUCCAGAACAAAAUGAAAAAUUUAUAAAUAGUGAAUUAAAAAAGCAACUUUGCCAAAAUUGUAGCAUUUGCUCGAAUUGCAGAAACCAAAAAAGAAGCCAAAUUGAGAAAUUACAAGCUGCAGGCAGAGUAGGAGGAGAAAGAAUUAUCAAACCUUUUUUAGAACACUUUCAAAAUAAAUUAGAAGCAGGGGGAAACAAGACCGUUAAUUUUGAAGAUAUAAACGAACGUCCUACACAGCCCCCAGGUUCGCAAAGUUGCGGUUUUUAUGUUCUUUAUUAUAUUAAAAAAUUAAUCGAAAGUUCGGAUUUGCUAGAGACAGGAAUUCCUUCUGUGGAAAAUUUGUUCAAAGAUGAUACUGGCACUGCUAUUGUCGGCGAAGAAAAAGAAGCCGAAAUAAAAAAUCAGGAGGAAGUUUUGCGUUUCCGAAGAUUCCGUUUCCCAGGAGAGCAAACCCGAGAAAGUCUGCAAGCCGAAAGUUCAACCACAGUUGCUAAAGGAAAAAGCACGAAAUUAAUGGAAACGGAAUCUUCGGAGGGAGAAUUUGAGAGUGAUGACGACCUUGACGGUGUGUUGGAAGAGGUUUUGCAUAAGCCUUAUUGCGGAGAAGAUAACUGCAGAAGAAUAUAUUCAAGUUUACAGGAAAAAGAAAACGAAUUGAUUAGUCUUAGAAGUAUUUGUGGUAGUUUACAAGAGGAGAAUAAUAAUUUGCAAGCGAUAAAAAUUGCUGCUGCCGACCACGAAAACGCAGCAAGAGAAGCAAAAGAGAAAAUUAAUAGCCUAAGCAGUGAAAUAAAAGCAUUACAAAGCAGUAAUUCAACUUUACAACAAGAAAAAGCACAGAAGGAAACAGAAAUC